UUCCGGCCGAGCAGGCCGGGUUACCGGUUAUUAGAAUCCCCCAUCCCACAGAGCGGGUGACAACCUCAGGUUUAUUCGUGAUCUAAACAUCACCUCACUAAGGCAGUGAAUAAACACAUAUCUUGGGAGUCCCGCGGAAGGGGUUUUUUUGGAGAGCAGGUUCCAGUUGACACGAGGCCAUCGACUCUGCGACUGACCCGAUCCAAGUGAGGGGCUGUCCUCACCCGGCAGCUGGGGUCGUCCGAGUAAACAAACGUAGAGUGAGGCCUGAUGGGGUCAUGAGCAGCCUGAUUGAUGGCAGAAUCUUGGGCUCCGAUGCACGCCCAAAGUGGGAGGGAAAGCUCUGGGAUGUCUGGGAGGAGCAAGCAAUACCUGCCAGGCUCCCCUCCCCCGGUAGUACUACCGAAGUAGGUAGUGAAUGUUGUUGGCCGGCGGGGAAAGAAGAAGACCCGCUCCGGACACUCUCUACCUUAGUACAGUUAGCCACCGCUGCGACCAACGGGAGUCAGAGAGAGCCGCCCAGAGCUCCCAAAGCCCAUCAUCGGAUUCACGAACCUUCCAAGUUCCCAACACCGACACAUCCUCCUCUCCUUCUCCCCCCCCAUCAACCUUCAACGCCCUCCUCACUCUCCACCCUUUCCCAGGCAUCGUUUCCGAUUCCUUUCUCUCGCAGGCUUCAAUAUUUCUUGGAUGUCAAAGUCUCAGGGUUGACGACCUGCACCGUCUCCUGUCAUUCUUCUGACUCCCAGUGAUACUGGGUGAAGCCGCAACCUCAUUUCUUAUCUUCCCUCAUUUUCUCCGACCUGUCGCGAGCAUCUUCGAUUGAGCCAGAUCUUCUCCGUCCAUUCUUUCCUUUGCGCUUCUGUGAUCUAACGGAACUGGCCGAAUUUCCUCCCCCCUCGCCGUUCCAUUCU